AUGGAACUCAACCUCACUACAUCAUGUUCCUCCAACAGUAUCUCAUCGUCUUCGAAUGAGAUGGGGUUUUCAACCGAUACCAAAGGGAAAAUGAAAGAGAAGAUUGCGAUUGAGCCAGAGUUUCGCUUCUUGUUAAACAAAGACAGCAUAAGAAACUCUAGUUUCGGAGUUUUAAAAGAGGCAGAAGGGAUGAAGAACGAGGCUAAAGCGAGGGUGUUUGGUUGCACCUUCUGCGAGAAAGAGUUCUCUACGUCUCAAGCCUUAGGAGGACACCAGAACGCUCACAAGCAAGAGCGAUCAUUGGCCAAAAGGCAUAAAGAGAUGGAUAUGAACGAUCCUGGGUUCUCCUUCUACAGCCAGUACCCACCAAGUGGUGAUUUCUUCAGCAGUAGCAACCGCUCGCAGUAUGGUCUUGGGGUUCGUUACAAUCCCAACAUUGGUAAAUCGAAGGCUUAUCCCUUCAACAUCUUCCGAUGUCGAUUAGGAUAUAGAGAGCAUAACAUAAAUUCCCAUAUCCCUCUCCUGUCUCACCUCUCGUGCCAAAACACUGACGUUUUUUCCAAAAAUUUGAUUUCAAACCUAGAAGGCAGCAUUCAUAUGAAUAAGGAGGAACAAGGCCGGAAACAAGAACAAGCAGAGACUGAUACUUGCAAGGAUACUGAGAUAGACUUGUCUCUGAAGCUGUAG